GCAUCAUGGGCUGCGCUACUAGCGCGAGUGUGACGCACGACGACUUGGAAGACGCCAGCCUCACCCGUGUCGUCUUCACGGAUGCUGCUGGACGAGAGUUAGUCGAGCAUUCCGCUCCAUUCAAGGAGGGCCUUCGACGCUUCAAUUCCAUGCGAAUCAGCGACGGUGAUGCCAGCGCUUUUGGAAUUAACGUCCCUCUGGCAAGUACCCAUAAUCGCCAUGUGAGGCGGCUCGACAAGUUCUUGGCGGAGGUAGAGCAGAACCCGAGGAUGCUCGAGAAGAGAGUGCGGCAACGUCCGCUCUUGAAAGUUGCCAAGGAGAUCUCCGAGCAGAGCAUGUCGGACGUCAGCACAGACGUGUCCAAUUUUGCUUCGAGCCCUGCAGAACAGGAAAUGAUAUGCUUUCGG